AUGAAACUCUGUGACAGCCCUCACUGUCAGAAGAACAACGGCCGGCUUCGCUUUACUGUGGAAGUGUUUGAAGAGAGACGAAGCCUUCUAGCAAAGUGGUUUGACAGGUGGUCUGACAGUCAGAGGAAGGCGGUGCUGCAGGACUUGGUGUUGAGCUGUUCAGUGGAGCAGCUCAGGUUCCUGAGCCUCAGUGUGAGCAGACAGCUCCCCCUGCAGGCCGCAGACUUCACCUGCCUGCUGCCCAGAGCCCUCUCCCUGUAUCUCUUCUCCUUCCUGGACCCACGCAGCCUCUGUCGAUGUGCUCAGGUGAGCUGGCAGUGGAAGAGCAUUGUGGAGCUGGACCAGCUGUGGAUGCCCAAGUGUCUGAGGCUCGGCUGGCUCCUCAGCUCCUCCCCGACACCAUUCGAACAGGGCGUCUGGAAGAGACACUACAUCCAGACAGUCCAGGAGCUGCGUCUGAGCGUCCUGCAGGGUGCUUCAUCGCAGCAGCAGUUUGUGGUUCCAGAUGUCGCAGCAGAAAGCCGUGGUCACAAAGAGCCGUCAGAAAUAGCAGCCGUCAGGUUGGAGGAGUGUCCAGCAUCCACCAAGCAGCAACCUGGAAGCAGCUCCAGCACGAGACUGAGAAAGGAGAAGCAGCCAGGUGCACCCCCACCAUGGAGAGACUCUGACAGACGUCCCAAAGACACACUGCGCUUCAACUACCUGGACAAUCUGGACCCCAUCGAACAGGCGCUGAGAGCGCAGAUGAGAAACAACAGCGCCUCCACCUGCUGCACUAACACAUCAAAGGCGGAUGAUGGGAAAAAGAAAACACUCUCUGAAGCAAAUUAUAAACUACGCAAAGCCAAAUCGCUGAUGUUCCUCAGCUCCAGCAGCAGACCCCCCAGUCUUCCUCAUGAUCAGACACAAACUCACCCCACAUGGACAUCGCGCAGUAUCGCUCAUCACCCCGUCAUUGGGGAGUCUGCUGAGAGCCUUCUCCACUUAUCCCAGUGGAACGCCGGGAUCCGUCCGAAGCCGGCGAGGACGCCGGUGCCUCGGCUGAGUGUGGAAGCGCUCAGGGUGUUCCAGCGUUCACACAGGAGCGUUCCCAGUGCGCCCCUGUUUGAGGCUCAGCCCUGGACUGCGUCUGCAUCACAUUCGCAAGAGAAGAAGUAGAUCGCCCCCUCCUGGAGGAAAACAGAAGUACAGUCUGCAACCUCAAGACCUAGAGCUUCAAUCUUUCUGCACAUGCAGCGUGUGACCCUGACUAGAUGUAGACAGAUGGAUCAUUAGGAAAAUAUUUGACAUUUAAUUCUAUAAGAAAAAUGACAAAGAGACAAUGUCACCCAUUUGUAGACAGUAAUUCAAACGUAUUUCUGUAUUAGUACUGUGUUAACAGACGGGAUGGGCAAAUUAACUUAGAACCCCCCCACCCAAAAAAACCCCCCCUCCAACCCUGUAAGAGUCUACAAAAAAAUUGAGACUAUACAAACUUGAUUUAUUACAACAAUUAAUAAUUUCCUGAUGA